AUUACAAUGCAUUACAAAAAAGAGCUUUUCUUAGUCCCCGAAAUAUUUUAGUAGAUGAUUUCAAUAAUCGAAUUCUAAAUGAUUUACCAGGAAUUACUCAUACAUACUUCACUCAACUAACACAUCCCGGAAUACCCAACCAUGAACUUAAUCUAAAAAGUGGUGCUAUUUGCUCCAUUAUGCGAAAUAUCUCUAUUGAAAAGGGAUUAGUUAAAAACUCGAGAGUUAUGAUAACUAAAUUAGGACGACGAUUAAUCGAAGUAACACUACUAAAUAAUAACCAACCUAAUCAUACAUUAGAAACCUGUCUCCUUCCAAGAAUUAACUUUUAUUUUCAACCGGAUCACUGCUCAUGGACAGUAUACCGAAAGCAAUUUCCGCUACGUCUAGCUUAUUCAACAACUUUUAAUAGUAGCCAAGGUCUAACCUUGGAUCGUAUUAUUAUAGACCUCCGAACUCACGUGUUUGCCCAUGGUCAGCUAUAUACUGCUAUCUCACGCGUAAAAAAUAAAGACGAUUGUUUAAUUCUAUUACCAGAAAGUAAUACAACAGCAAAAACAGUUAAUAUUGUUUAUAAAGAAUUAAUUCAGUAA